AUGGUAUUUUGUAUAAAUAAUAAAGUGAACCAAGAUGAGAAGAUAAAGUCUAAGCUGGAACCCGAAACUCAGCAAGGAAUUUUUAAAAGAAUUUUAUUCGAGUGGAGAAAUAUUUCGAUUCUGCUCUUCCUCUACACAUUGCAAGGCGUCCCCGGUGGUCUAGCCGGAUCAAUUCGUCUUCUUCUCCAAACUCGUGGCACAAAUUACUCCGACCAAGCCAUUUUCUCGUUAGUUAGCUGGCCUUUCAACUUGAAAUUAUUAUGGGCCCCACUGGUGGAUGCCAUUUACUGGAAGCGCAUGGGAAGAAGGAAGUCAUGGCUCGUACCGGUUCAAUAUCGUAUUGAAUAUUUACGCAUUGUGCCAAAAAGUGACGUGGGAGUGGUCACUUUAUCCGGUUUUAUGUUCACGUGGUCAAUUAUUUACUUUGUUUGUACGACGCUCAUUUUCAUCUGCAAGAAAGAGGAGGAUGCAGAUCCAGAGAUUGAAAGUGCUGAAGUGGACGAGGACAAAAGGAAUUUAGCCUUUGCUGCAUCUGUUCUCAAUGAUUUCAAGCUGGUAGAAGCUGGAUUGUCCAAAGAGGUUUUGGCACAGCUCUCCGUUCCGUUAGCACCACUUGGACUUCUGAUCACUGUACUAAUGACAAAGUGGACGUCGGGACUGCGGCCAAUGAGUCUAUUUAGAAAUACUUAUGGUCUCACGUAUGCAGAUAAACAGGCAGAGUUUGCUCAUAACGAUAUAAAUUUUGACCCACCAUUUGUAGGUUGCUCUCGACAGAUUUGUUUCACAUGUACGGGUGUCGCUCAGGUUGCAUUUAUCACGAAAAUCAGCGAUCCGGCGUAUGGUGCAACUUACGCGACAUUAUUCAACACCGGAAUAAAUGUGGGGGCAAUCGGGUCUGAAGCGGUUUCCCUUUGGUUGGUUGACCCCCUCACAGUGAAGUCUUGCAGCUCUGACGGAUUGUGUUCCACCGUGUUCGAUGGCUACUAUGUUGAGACGAUAGCUUGUGUGAUUAUGGGUGCUGGCUGGUUUUACUUCUGGGGAAAUAAGGCCAUCACGGAGCUACAAGAGAAGCCUGAAUCUGCAUGGAAAUUAGGGACACUACGAAAUGAGUGGCAGGCUGUAUGA